CUACUGCACCGGCUCCACUUGCAUGUGCACCUGUUUCCAUGCACCUGUAGAAUAGUACAAAUUCCGCGAAUACGCCUAGCGGUAAAGACCCCAACUAUUUCAUUCAUUCUUUCGUUCGUCCGCACCACAGACGAAAAAUUGAUAGUAGAAAACAGAAGGCAAUGAAUCGUGGUUAGGGUUGUAACAAUAAAGAGCAUGAGAACUGUCGGAUGAGAAUUUUUGUAUUACCAAGAAAGAGAUUCAUGUCGCCUCGUCUUUCAGAGGUGUGCUACUGGUUUAUCCUCAAGUCAGGAAGCUGCGGUUAUAGACUCUGGUGAUACCAAUUGCUCGUCAGCGAAUUCAGAUCAGUCAAUAUUAUCAUCUGGUACAAGCGACAUGACUCCAAAAAAAAUUAGACUCGCCACCAAAGUUCAGAAUCUCGUGAGAAAUAGAAAACAGCUUGAAGCAGAAAAUGGCAUAGCACUGGAGUCUGAUGUACCCAAGGCUGCAUCUAAGACGAGCACUACGAUGGAUAUAGCAAAGGGAAAGGCGAAGUUAAACUUGGGAAGCCUGCUGCCUAAAGGAACGGAGCCUGAUAAACUAAAAUCUAAUAAACGUCCGCUGCGGGCAGUCGUGGAUAUGGAAAUGAUGAAAAGUGAACUGAAGCAGCGUCAAGAUCCACCCACAACUCCGGAGGAACAGCUUUUGUCCGCCAACCGACUUGGUUUCGAAUUUUUCGACGUCCCAAGUGAGACGCUGGCGAAAAAUCUUCUAGGGAAGAUUCUGGUGAGACGACUGGAGAACGGCACCAUUUUGAAGGGCAAAAUAGUCGAGACCGAGGCGUACCUUGGUGGCGAAGACCGGGCGUCGCAGACCUACAGGAACAAAAUCACCCCCCGUAACGUCCCCAUGUACAUGCCACCCGGAACGAUUUACGUCUAUCUGACGUACGGCAUGUAUCACUGCUUCAACAUAUCCUCCAAAGGUGACGGAAGCGGCGUGCUAAUCAGAGCGCUGGCGCCUAUCGAGGGAAUGGACCAGAUGGCAGAGUUUAGAAAUUUGCCACUACCAGGUUCGAAGUCGAAGCAAGGCGUCGACAGGGCAAAAAAAUUGGCAAAGAACUUCAAAGUUCACGAGCUCAGCAAUGGUCCGUCAAAAUUUUGCAUAGCGUUCGCGCUCAGUAGAGAUCACACAAAGUAUUCAGCAUGCGAAUGGCGAGGGCUGUGGAUCGAAGAUGGCGAAGAAAACGAAGGUGAUGGCGUCAUCGAAAUAGUAAAGUGCCCGAGAAUCGGUAUCGACAGCGCUGGUCCCGAGUGGGCAAUGAAACCUCUGAGAUUUUACGUGCUCGGCGAUCGGUCUGUUAGCAAAGUAGAUAAAAAAAUUGAAGCAGAACUCAGAAUGUAGUUUCUAGUGGCAAGAUUAUUUAUUCUUUUUGUACUACUCAGAAUCGCCCACCAAUUCCGUCGCGCGCGUCAAUUAUUCGGAAUCUCGACACUGAUUAUAGGUGUAAUACUAUUAUUAUGUAAUAAUUUGCGGCCGAUAGUAAUUCCCGCACUCUGUUAAAUCCCACGCCCGCAUAUGCCAAAACAGUAUUACCUUUUUUUGAGGCAAAUUUCCGUAAAAUGCAUAUGUGUAAAUGAUAAACUAAUAUUUGUGAUAAAUGUCGUAUGUUUUAUAAAAAAAUAUUGUUUUUGAAUUCAUUUUUAGGCUCUUGUCUUUACGUCCCUACUCGGAUCUUUAUUGCUGCUGUGAACAAUCCUAUACAAAUAACAAGCCAGUGAUCAGAAGCUUUGUUGUUCAAAUACACUGACCUGCUCUUCAUUUCGAUUCCAAUCUCGCUUCGGAGUAUU